AUGGGACCAGGCAAUGAUACACAAAUUUCAGAGUUUCUUCUUCUUGGCUUAUCAGAAGACCCAGAACUGCAACUCUUUUUAUUUGGGCUUUUCCUCUCCAUGUACCUGAUCACUGUGUUUGGAAACCUGCUCAUCAUCCUGGCUGUCAGCACGGACCCCAACCUCCACACCCCCAUGUACUUCUUCCUUGCCAACCUGUCCUUUGUAGACAUCUGUUUCACUUCCACCACUGUCCCCAAGAUGCUGGUGAAUAUACAGACACAGAGCAAAGUUAUAACCUAUGCAGGCUGCGUCACACAGAUUUAUUUCUUUAUACUCUUUGCUGUCUCAGACUUCUUUAUGCUGAGUGUGAUGGCCUAUGACCGGUUUGUGGCCAUCUGUCACCCCCUGCACUACACAAUCAUCAUGAAUCCCCGGCUCUGUGGACUUCUGGUUCUGGUGUCCUGGAUCACGUGUGUCCUGAAUUCCUUAUUACAAAGUUUAAUGAUGUUGCGGCUUUCCUUCUGUACACAAUUCCAAAUCCCCCAUUUUUUUUGUGAACUCAAUCAGAUGAUCCAACUUGCCUGUUCUGACACCUUUCUUAAUAACUUGGUGAUGUAUUUUGCAGCUGUCCUGCUGGGGGGUGGGCCUUUUGCUGGGAUCCUUUACUCUUAUUCUAAGAUUGUUUCCACUAUACAUGGAAUACCGUCAGCCCUGGGUAAGUAUAAGGCAUUUUCCACCUGUGCAUCUCACCUUUCAGUUGUCUCCUUAUUUUACUGUACAAUCCUAGGAGUGUACCUUAGCUCUGCUGCUCCCCAGAGCUCCCACUCAAGUGCAGUGGCCUCGGUGAUGUACACGGUGGUGACGCCCAUGCUGAACCCCUUCAUCUACAGCCUGAGGAACAAAGACAUGAAAAGGGCUCUGAAAGCAUUCUUUGUGAAGGAGACGCUACAUGGCCAAUUGUCAUAG